AGAUAUUAACACCGACGGGCCCCCUAAAUUAACAGUAGUAUCCUUAAGAAGCCCUCUAUACGGUCGGGAGACAGAACCAGGUCAGCCCUUUACACUAGAUGGCAGAGACCGAACUCGCCUCCCCGAGCGACACAUUCACACCUGGUGCCGGCCACUGGGUAGAUGCCGUCAUAUGGGCACUUAUUAGCCUCUCUACCGUCUUCUUAGGACUUCGAGUAUUCUAUAAAUCUAAGCGAGGCCGAGGACUCUGGUGGGACGAUUGGGUUUUGAUAGCAUCAUGGCUCGUCCUUAUUGCCUCGGGAGCACUUAUCAGCCUCUGUGUAUCAGCAGUUUUCAUUAAACGUGACCAAGACAACGGAAUGGGCGCCCAUGAUGUCGGCCUGCUAAGUACGAUUGCGGGGACCUUAUUCUUUGUUUCGGCAAUAUGGAGUAAGACCUCCUUUGCUAUAACGCUCACUAGGAUCGCGGGUCCUCGGCUAAAGAUCGUACUUCGUAUGAUUAUGAUCUCUAUGAACACGGUUACCUGUGUCAGUUUGAUACUCCGAUGGGUACAGUGCCGGCCAGCGAGGAUGAUCUGGGACUCCCACACCACCGGGGUUUGCUGGGAUAGAAAUCUUAUCCUUGCGUUCACCAUUUUUGCUGCUGCCUACUCCGCAUUCAUGGACUUCGUCCUGGCUGCUCUUCCAUGGCCCAUUAUAAUAAAAUUACAGAUACGGACCAGCGAGAAAGUCGGUGUUUCUAUCGCAAUGAGCAUGGGUCUUUGCGCGGGUAUAACUUCAAUCGUCAAAUGCACCAAACUUAGCGUUCUCCGGAGUGACGACUUUGGUGAUAACGUCUUUGAACUCGCAAUAUGGUCCGUAGCGGAAAUCGCCACUACAAUAAUGGCGGCAUCGAUCCCUGUACUUCGUUGUGCACUGAUGCGCGAGACAGCGGGCUCUAUCCACUUGAGUUAUCCUGUUACAUUUAUCAGAGACCGUUCCCGAAAGGUAGUAAGUAGGGUACGAAGCAACCAUGUCUCGUUAUCCGCAUCAAGACGCUCUAAGAUGGUAAAGUCGCCUGACGGUGUUAUGUGCGAGGACAGAGCCACUUUUGAUGGGAAUAAUUAUGAUAACCGGAUUUUCAAGAUAGAGAAGGUCCAUGUCCAAUAUAGUAGUAGGGGGGUUGGAGACAGCAUCGACCUUGAGCUAGAAAGGAUUCCACGGUCGUAUUCGCCGUGGGUAUAAUAUAGACUUCAUAUGUGUAGC